CGUGCGUCCAUGACAGCACGUUGUCAACAGCCGGAGGGGAGCUAACGGUCGAUCGCAGAUAAAUUGCCCUUGUGGAGCUAUUAUUGUGGGCUCGGAUACUUUAUAUAGAAAUAGCAGUUUCAAUUUUCAUAAGAAGGUGCAUUUCAUAUUCUGAUUUCAAGACAUUUGAAAUGACACUACUUUUAGGAAAUCAAAACUGUUUGGAUGGUUUGCGCAAGGAUGUCACAGAUGUACAAGGGAUAAUCAUAGAUGUAUUUUCACGAGUUGGUGCAGUUCGCUAUCCAUCAUGGAAGUUUCCGGAUAAAACAUCAUGUGAUUUGGAUCUUGUUACUUUAUUGAACCGUUUUGAUUAUGUAGAAGAUGACCCAGAAUACACACAACAUUCUCAUAUUGUGCUGUUUGAAUUGGUGAUUGACAGGUUGGUGCUGUUGUUGCAGAGUUUCACACACUAUGUUGAUCUUCUUACAAAGGAGCAGUGUAUCCCUUCCUCUAAGGCAGUAGGUCCAUCCAUGUCUGUUGGCUUGGUAGUGAAGAAAUACUGGAACAGCAUGCUCAAACUGGGGAACGUCCACCAACAGAAAAAUUUGAUGGCGAUGAAUCUUUCCAAGCUGCAAAGCGAUCUGAUGAAUUCCAAGGCAGAGAUUGAAAGAUUGAAGAAUUGUUCAUCUGAAACUUGUAAGUUGCCAUCACCCCCCAAAAGCAGCAAGUCCACUGGGAUGACACUGUCACAGGUCUCUCUUACACCUGUAAAUGCUGGAUUAGGUGAAGCACAAAGAAGCCCUCCUAGUGUAGCUACAGAUACUCGGAACAUUGGUUCACAGACAGUGGAAUCAGCUCUCGUACCAUGUGACGCCUGUGACCGUACACAAGCAACCCUUAAAAUGGUCAGCAAUUCCAUCAUCGCCAUUUGCCAAGGCCAGAAUAUCCCUUCAGCUUUGAGCCGGUUUCAGGAAGUAGUGAAGGAAACCCUGGGUGAUGGAAUGUUGACAGCAACCGAUAUAGCCUAUUGGGCUUCUGAACAGAGCAAAGACCUGGCCCGAAUAAAUAAACAUCUCACUGAACUCAUGAAUAGCAUUAAUCCACUAAAAGCUGAGCUGCAGACCGCAGCUGAGCAGCAAAGUCAAAUGAAAAAGACAAUUGAUAAAUUCAAUGAAGAACUCAAAAAAGAAAAAGAACAGCAACAUUUGAAAACACAAGAAUUUGACAAACAAAUGAAGGAGAUAAACAGAAAUAAUUCUGAGAGAGCAACAAAACUGGAACGUGACAAAGAAAUGCUGAGGAAAGGAAGUGCUACAUUAGAGGAGAAACUAUCAAUCCUGAAGGAGGAAGUCAAAGGGCAGCAUGUAUUAAUACGAGAUCUUGAGCUGUCUAAGAAGAUGCUGCUGGAAGAAAUGAGAACCAACAUGGCAGACAAAAGUGUGGUGCUGACUCUUGAAGAGCAAGUUAAACUUCUAACUAGUCAACUAGAGAGCACAACACAGCAGCUCAAAAUUAUUAGUAAUGAACUAGACAAAGAAAAAGUGAAAAUUAACAACAUGCUGAGACAUGAAGAGUCUCUGAAAGCUAAGAUUAAAGCUCUGCUACAACGUGUCGAUCAUCUGGAUGAAGAACGUGAAGAGCUAAACACUAGAUUAGCUGAGUCUGAGGCUGGGACAGGCAGGCUGGAAGAGCAAUUGAAGACAGUCAACAUGGAGAAAAAUAACCUACAGCAGCAACUCCGAGAACAACUGCAACUGACAGAACAGCUACAGCAAGAAAAACAUGAUCUGGAAAAUUCCAUGACUGAACUAAAACAAAAUCUGUCUCAACUAGAGAGCCAAGUUCAAGAAUAUAAGGAACAGCGUAGGCUUCUGGUUGCUUUUCCUGACUUAAAUAUGCCAUCUGAAAUACUGUGUGAAAGUACAGGUGAUAUUGUACAGGACAUGGAAAAACAGUUACAAGCAAACAGCUUGCGCAUCAGUAUUCUGGAAGAGGAGAAUUCUCGAUUGAGAAGCACCCUCACAAAGUUGCAGGAAACUACCCAACAAGGAGCUUUAAAGAUUAUCCCUCAGACAAAGCUUUGGUCAUCCUCAGGGCUGUCAGAAGAUGGAUCAAAACCUGAUGGUAGUGCAGGAAGGAAUGAGCAUGAUACAACAGGGAUGACUAAAGCUACAAGAAACUUGAAUGAAAAUAUGAGACUCAAGUCUAACCAGAGGCCAUGGAGUGAGCCAAAGGAGACAACUCCCUAUACAGAGCGAAUAAAAGAACCUGUAACAAAUGUCUUUCACUCACGAGAAACAUCUGCCAUUGGUGUUUAUGCAAGACUGAAAAAGGCUGGUGCCUUACCCGGUAUGAAAGCUAUAUCUGACAGUGCAAGGAAGAACUAUAGAAAAUUGCAUUAAGAUUAGGUUACUUGGUUCUAUAUUGUGGAAGGUAUGGUCUGUUAAGCACUGUAAUAUCACAUUUUAUUUUAACAAACUCAACAACUUUCUAAUUGUUACAUCCUCUGUCAAAAGUUAAGGACACAAGGAAUCGCUUUCCAAUAAAACUGAAAUUGAAGUGGGAUGGAGGAGAAAUUACCCUUAACACAGUUGCUGAUGCCUCAGUUUCAACUGAAAAAUAUGACAACCUCACCAAAAAAAUAAAAACAGGAGAUGAUUCUUCCAUAUAUUGUAAUCUAUUCUACUUUUAGUGCAGUAACAAACCAAAAAGAUUGCAUGAGAAACCACAUAUUUGAAAUGUUUGUCAACAGGAGGUAUCUUCACAGCACAGAAACUUGCAGUCAACAUCAAAUUAUCGUGUGGUGUUCAGUACGACACUAAGUAGCUUAGGAAUUUUAACUAAUUCCAUGGAUGUGGCAAUACAAUAAGAUAAUAUUUGUCAACUGGUCUAUAAAAGUACUCAUAAUAAGUUAUACUAAAAUUGACUGAUAUCUUAGAAGUUAGUCAUUGAAGCUAAAUUGAGCAGUUUUGCUUGCAAUAGGAAUCAGUUACCUAGAGUCGCAACUUCUGUUAAUGUCAUCCAGGGCUGGCCAGCAUCAGCAUCAUGUAUUAGAAACACAAGGCUCUUACUGAAAAGAUACAUUUUUACUAGUAUACGGUUUAAAAAUAUCACAGUAUAUUCAAGUAAAUUAACAAUUCCAAAUACCAGCCUGUAACCAUCUUGCAAAUUUAUCAAUUAAGAUUCUAUAGUUCUGGUACAGGGAAAAUAUUUCUUUAAAUGUAUCACUUUAAUCAAACAUUUCUGUAGAACCCAAUUAACAAGAAUCUGUGAUCUGUAAUCAAAUUGAAUGUUCAACGAUAUGAUUUUCAAUUAUACUGAUCUUGUUCCAAUUUAUAAGUAUGUACUUAAAUACAAUAUGACUCAAUGUUUAAUCUUUGUUAAUCAGUGGGAAAUGGCAAAUGUGGGUUUGUGUUUGUCAAUUAAAAUAAAGGGCAGAGUUGCAUUGUUAACUAGUCAUGUCUGGAAUAAUUAUCUAUUUAAUGUGUAAUGAUAUUGAAUGACGUGUCAUUGAACCAAUAUCUUGAGAAUAAACAGACUCUUGUGGUUCA